AUGGCAGAAAAACGCAAAUAUGCCGAAGAGCUCAACCCAACCACAAGCCCUACCUUACGAUCCGCUCAGACUGAGAGCCAAUCCGAAGAUUCAGAGGCAGAGGAGCAACAGGUGUUGGAUAAGAGUGUCGCCAGCGAACUGUCCCCUACCAGUCCAACGACCCCUUCCUGUCGAGUGUCGCGAAUGGAAGCAAAAGAAGUGGAUUCGUGUCAACAAAUGGCCUCGAAUUGGAUCCAACAGUUGAUUCUGAAGCUCCACUUCUUGACGUUCAGAAUCCAAAAGCAAAUCAUUCGCUUGUCUUCACUUCAAAAGCCAACUCUAAUUAAUUCCGAUUAUCUCAUCGACGGUCCGCCGAAUUUAUCGUCAAAAAUCAUUUCAUUGAAAAAAACUUUGUACAUUCAAUACCGAGAACUCGAGUAUUUGAGAGCAGCUCUCAGACUGAAUUCAUCCGCAUAUUCAUCCAAAUAUAAUCCCAAUGUGUGUCCCAUUCAGACAGACGUAGACAUAAUGGGCUCCAAUCGGUGCCUCAACGGCGCCCAAGUCAUUGAUGAAUCAAAUAUCACCCAUCAGUUGGAUCAGUCAUUAAUGGCGACGCUGGCCACCCCUCCGGCGACGCCCCAAUCGAAAGGCUCAUCUUCUAGUCUAUCACCUCAUGAUAAUGAAUGUCUGAUUGGACACCAAACCGAUUCCGAUAUGUUUUACACCAAUUGCUAUCAUAAUUCUAAUUAAUUGGCGUUUUCUUUGCCUCUUAAGACAAAACACAAAUCGUUUGCUGUUUUGUAAGCUUUUAAAUUAUAUUUAUAUAUACUGUAUGUUAUUAUUUCUAGUUUUAAUCAAAUUGUUCAAAAUUAACUAUUUUUAUUGAUGAUAAUCAGUGCGAUAUUUUCGAUCAAAAUUUAAAUCAAAAAUAAUUAUAGUUUUUAAAAGUGAAGUAAAAAUGGAG